AUGGCUACUCCACCAUGGCUGCUAAGUAGUUGGGGGGUACAAAAUAACGGAUGUUCCUGGCAUGGCGGGCACGCCGCCAAGAACCUGUAGUCAGAGUGCAGUUCCUGGAUCUUUUGAAUAUUGUUAUCCUGUAACCAGUGUUCAGAGAUUGCAAUCAGGUCUGGGAAGUUGUCAUAAAGUAAGUGUUCUAGAUAUUGAUGAUUGGAAGAUUAAGACAGCACACUAUUAUACU